CGGGUGGAUGGUGUCUAGGAGAUAUCAGUCUAGUACUUGAGAACCAACCGUUCACAACCAACCCAAACCAGCCAACAUGUUCAAAUACUUCGCUCUCUGCCUGUUCGCCAUCGUGGCUUGUGUGGCUGCCAAGCCGGCGGUGAUCGCCUCCCCACUGGCCUACAGCGCCUACUCCGCUCCCUAUGUGGCCGCAUCUCCCUACUCGGCUGCCUACACCGCCGCUUACACCGCUCCAGUGGCCGCCGCCUACUCCGCCUACUCGUACCCCUACGCGUCGGCCUACUCCGCCUACCCCUACGCCGCCUACUACCGCUAACUGGAUGAAUAGAUCAUUAUAGAUUUUAACCUGACUACUGAACCGGACCUGAACACAUAUACCUAUUGCAACAAGGAUACGUUCCUGAUAACCACCCACACCAUUCCAGCGCUAUCUUCUCACAUCCCUGGUAUUAGUUCGGCGGACUCUACAUUUCCCACCUUUGCCGUGCCGACUGCUGAAAGUUAAGUCAUGGGAACAGGACAUACCACUUACAGAAACAAAAUAUUUUUGUUGAAAUAAAUACUGCAUUUUGCGUAAAACGUA